AAUCUCAGAUUCAGCUUGGGAUUUGUCUCGUCUUUAUCUCAAACAGCAAAUCGUGUUUUUUUAGAGUCGUCUUGAAAAUUCUUCUUCCACAAAUAUCCCAAUCUGCAAAAAAUCCGAUCGGGCUGAAACAUCAACAAUGGAUGGAAACAAAGACGACGCGUUGAAGUGUUUGAAAAUCUGCAAAAAUGCUAUGGAAGCUGGAGACCGACCUCGCGCUUUAAAAUUCCUUGCUAAAGCUCGUCGUCUUGAUCCUAAUCUCCCUAUCGAUGAUCUCGUCUCGGAGCUUAACAACAACAAAUCAGACGAACCAGGAUCUGCAAAACCUCCUGGAUCUGCUGCAACAACGGCCAAGGAUUCUUCUUCUUCUUCAGAUCGGCCUUCGUUACGUCAACGUGGAUCGUCAACGACGUCAUCGUCUUCUUCUUCCAUCUCCUACACUGAAGAACAGAUCUCUAUCGUGAGAAAGAUUAAAUCUAAAAAGGAUUAUUACGAGAUCUUAGGUCUUGAAUCAAACUGUUCAGUUGAUGAUGUGAGGAAAGCUUAUCGGAAACUCUCUUUGAAAGUUCAUCCUGAUAAGAACCCAGCUCCUGGUUCUGAAGAAGCUUUCAAAUCCGUCUCCAAGGCGUUUCAGUGCUUAAGCAACGAGGACGCUAGGAAAAAAUACGAUGUUAGUGGCUCCGAUGAACCUAUCUACCAACCACGUCGAUCUGCUAGAAGUAAUGGAUUCAACGGUGGUGGAAACUAUUACGAAGACGAGUUCGAUCCCAAUGAGAUUUUUAGAGCCUUCUUCGGUGGUGGUGGAAUGGCUCCUGCCGCUACUCAGUUCCGAUCAUUCAACUUCGGAGCUACUCGUCAAAGAGCAGCUAAUAAUAACAAUCAAGCUCCUGAAGCAGGUUUCAAUGGUCGUAUACUUCUUCAGCUACUUCCUGUUGUGUUCAUACUCCUGCUUAACUUCUUGCCUUCUUCUCAACCGGUUUACUCACUCUCUGCUACUUAUCCUUACCAUCACAAGUUCACUACACAGAGAGGUGUCAAUUACUUUGUGAGGUCGUCUAAAUUCGAGCAGGAUUACCCACGUGAUAGCAACGAUCGGCAUGUUUUGGAAGAACAAGUUGAGAGAGAUUAUGUGUCUAUACUUAGUCAGAAUUGUAGGUAUGAGAUGCAGAGGAAACAAUGGGGAUUUGUUCGUGAAACACCUCAUUGUGACAUGAUGCGGAGAUUUGAGACGGCUGAAGCCUAGAGCACCAAGAAUGAGUGAGGCACACACAAAUUGGGUCAGCUUAUAAACAUUUUUCAUGUCAAUGCCUUCACGAGUCAGAACUGAUAUAUGUUUUUGUUUUUGUUUUGGAUUUAUUAUAUAAUGCUUUAGAGAACCUAACAUACGAUCCUUGGAUUUUGUGUGAUUAUAUCUCUGAAUUAAGUUUUGGGUUUUAUUAA